GCCUCCGCCGGAAUACACACAGGAUGCAGGUGUGCGGGAGCAGCGCAGCGGGACGCCGGGCCUUCGACAGCAUCUGCCCCAACAGGAUGCUGGAGCUGACAAGCCCGCCUCUCCGCAAACCCGUGAAGCCAGAGAGGAAGUUAGCCCCUCCGCGGAAGUUCCUUUCGGGAUGCAGCGGCGGCAGCCCGGUGUCGGUAUACGAGGAUCCCCCGGACGCCGAGGCCGCUGCGCUGCCAGCCCUCACCACCAUUGACCUGCAGGACCUCGCGGACUGCUCCUCUCUACUCGGGUCCGACGCGCCGCCUAGUGGUGAACCGGCUGCCUCACAGAACCACUCAUUGGAAACGGAAGUGGACUUCGAACUGCAGAAUUUCAGAGACACAGUGGAUGAUCUCAUUGCAGACUCAUCUUCUUUGAUGUCGCCUACCCUGACCGUCAGUGACUUCACCUUCUCUCCUUGCGUUGUAUCGCCUCUCGGGCCCUGCCUUUCGCCGCGGUUGGAGCCACGGGCCCUGCAAUCAGCACCACUUAGCCUUCCCGACCUGCCGCCGCCAGAACAGUACUGGAAGGAGGUGGCCGACCAGAACCAGAGAGCACUGGGGAACGCUCUCGUUGAAAAUAACCAACUGCACGUGACACUGACCCAGAAACAGGAGGAGAUCGCCUCGCUUAAGGAACGGAACGUGCAGCUGAAAGAACUCGCCAGCCGGACCCGGCACCUGGCCUCGGUGCUGGAUAAGCUGAUGAUCACACAGUCCCGAGAUUGCGGGGCCGCCGCCGAGCCCUUUCUGUUCAAAGCGACAGCAAAAAGGAGCUUGGAGGAGAUGUUCAGCGCUGCGGGUCAGGAUUGUGCGGAAGUAGACGCCAUACUGAGAGAGAUUUCCCAGCGUUGCGAUGAAGCCCUGCAAAGCCGCGAUGCCAAGAGGCCUCGGCUGCAACCCGAGCCCAGGAACACUGACUGCAGGCCCGGGAAUCUGCACGGAGCCUUCCGGGGACUGCGCACCGAUUGCAGCCACAGCGCCUUGAACCUGAACCACAGCGAGCUGGAGGAGCACGGCUCUUUCAGCACUCCCAUCCGCAGCCACAGCACUAUCCGCACGCUCGCCUUCCCCCAGGGCAAUGCCUUCACCAUCCGGACAGCCAGUGGGGGCUACAAAUUCCGCUGGGUACCCAGUUGA